GUCUUCGCAGUCCCGGCCAACGCGAAGUUUCCUUUUUUGUGCCAGGUCCGGGAAACAGGUGAGCAGAAGCUCCCUGGAGCCUGCGCUGAGUGGUGAGCGCAUGCGCGGAGCGCUCUCCGGAGCCGAGCGGGAGCGCGCCCAGCCGCCAGUUGCAAGACCACUGAGACCCAAAUUAUUUGUGGCUGCAAGCAAGUCCAUUAGCCGUAUUGAGACUUGAUUUCUUGAGCCAGAAAAUGAGACUAUUCUUGCCUAAUUGAAUAGUGGGGUCAAGUCUACUGAAGGGUUUGCAACAGAAGUAAUCUGAUCUGAUUUGAAUCUAAAGGAGCUAAAACUAAAAGAAUACUGGAGAUUGAAUUGCCAUAUGAAGUUGAACAUGGCAGAAGAAGAGGACUAUAUGUCUGAUUCCUUCAUUAAUGUCCAGGAAGACAUCAGACCAGGAUUGCCUAUGCUGAGGCAAAUACGAGAAGCUCGCCGAAAAGAAGAAAAGCAACAGGAAGCCAAUUUGAAAAAUAGACAGAAGAGUUUAAAAGAAGAAGAGCAAGAAAGACGUGACCUUGGGUUGAAGAAUGCACUAGGCUGUGAAAACAAAGGGUUUGCUUUGCUCCAGAAGAUGGGGUAUAAAAGUGGUCAGGCUCUUGGUAAAAGUGGAGAUGGUAUUGUUGAACCAAUUCCUCUCCAUGUCAAAACAGGGAAAAGUGGCAUUGGUCAUGAGACAUUAUUAAAACGGAGAGCAGAGGAAAAGUUAGAACACUACAGAAGAAAGAUUCACAUAAAAAACGAAGCUGAAGAAAAAGCUGAAGAACAAUUUCGAAUGCGACUUAAAAAUAAGCAGGAGAAGAUGAAGCUAGAAGGAGAUCUUAAAAGAAGCCAGCUUGCCUGUCAACAGUUGGAUAGCCAGAAGAAUAUUGAGGUUCCCAGGGAGGCAUGGUACUGGUUGAGGCCUGAAGAGGAGACUGAGGAAGAGGAAGAGGAAGAAGAACAGGAUGAAGAUGAAUAUACGAGUAAAGAUUUAAGUGUUCUGGAGAAAUUAGAAAUAUUGACUAGUUACUUAAGAGAAGAACAUCUAUAUUGCAUUUGGUGUGGAACGACCUAUAAAGAUAAAAAGGACCUCUCUACAAAUUGCCCAGGACCAACUUCUGCUGAUCAUGACGACUAAGAUUGUUCCCAAUGAAGUAGAAGUUGCUAGUGAGAAAGGACAGAGAGCCUUCUUGUAAUCCUUGCACUUCUGUACUUAUGUUAAAUGUUCAGUGGCUUGAAAAAAGUAAUAAAAUAUUAUUUCAGAACACAGGUCUCA